AAAUAAAUUCUACAGACUUGGUAAAAUAAAGGGAAGCAGGAAAUCUAUCUCUAAGGAGUACAGUUCACCACUCUCUUUCACAGCACAGUCCCCCGUAGAUUUCUUGCUUAGCUGACAUCACAGCAACUACGAUAAAUACUAUCAACUUCGAUCUUCUAAAUCCUUCUGCUUUACCCCGGAAGUCUUCUUUCAGCUUUUUGUUCUGUUCUCUUUCUCCAAAUUCAGCCCACUAGAAAGUUGUCUUCAUGAUUACCAUUUCUGUUUUGUGUUGGAGAGGGCCUGACUCUUCCCUCACCAAAAGUUAAAUUUCUCUUUUUUGUGAUUUUUUAUUCAUGACGGAGAAAAGAAGCCAUAGGCAUCCUUAAAUUCUUCUUCCUUAUAACAUUCCAUAACUUGUGAGCUUCGCUUUCUUUUUGGCUUAGAUGAUGAAAAAGCUGAGCUAAAUCCUACUCUUGGAUCUAUAAGCUAUUACCCACUUCCCUUAUGUGAUUCCUCCCCUACUAAUUAAGCCCAAAAGGAAGCAAAGUAGACCCUUCUCUAUGAUGUUUGACCUGCAAUUCUAGAGCUUAUUUUCAUCUUUUUCUCAUCGGUUUUCUCGCUCCACAUCGUGUCUUUUUAAUUUUUAUGCACAUGGUGGUCUUCUCUCAAAGUUCAAAUUCCUCGUGCUUGUAAUAUAGGAACCACUUAUAUGUUCCAGGUUCCCUGAGGAGUUCGUCAUUAAGGAAUAGUAAUGAGGGGAACAACUGCAGUUCUUGCCAUUCUCCUUCUGCAGUUACUUAGUUUUCAAGCUCUGUCUCAAUCAGAUGGCUCUACUUCUCCAAUGGAGGAAAAGGAGAAGGAAGCUCUCUACAUGAUGAUUCAAGGCUUUGUCGGAAAAUGGUGGAAUGGUUCUGGGCUUUAUCCUGACCCUUGUGGCUGGACAUCAAUCCAGGGAGUAUCGUGCGAUCUCUUUGAAAAUGGUUUGUGGUAUGUCACAACUGUAAACAUCGGCCCGAUCCUCGAAAACUCUCUCCGCUGCACUAACAAUGCUGAGUUCAACCCACAUCUCUUCGAGCUCAGCCACCUGCGAAGCCUCUCAAUUUUCAACUGCUUUUCAUCGCCAUUUCAAAAAUCAACUGUCAUUCCAUCUCAAAACUGGAACAAGCUGUCUUCAAGCUUGGAAACCUUAGAGUUUCGAUUUAACAGAGGACUAACAGGUCAAAUUCCUCCAGUUCUAGGCCAACUAGUAAAUCUUAAAUCAUUAGUACUCGCUGAGAAUUCAUUAUGCGGGGAACUUCCUUGGGAAAUUGGGAAUCUCGUACACUUAAAUAGGUUAACACUUUUAGGAAAUCAGCUUUCUGGGCAAGUGCCAACUUCCUUAGGAGCCAACUGGUCUAAGCUGUUGAUCAUGGACCUAAGCAACAAUUCGCUAACUGGUCCCCUGCCCUCCUCUCUCGUUGGACUUACUUCACUGCUUAAGCUUGAUUUGAGCAACAAUUUUUUUACUGGAAAUCUGCCACAAGAGCUUUGCAAACUAAAAAAUCUCGUACUUAUAGACCUCAGAAACAACAAUCUUUCUGGCGGUUUAUCUCCGUCUCUCCAAGGAAUGUUUUCUCUCCAAGAAAUGCUUCUGUCCAACAACCCAUUAGGAGGAAGUAUCGAGGAAUUUAGUUGGAAAAAUCUAAGAAAUCUCACACAUUUGGAUCUUUCAAAUAUUGGUCUUGUUGGUGAGAUUCCAGAUUCAAUCACAGAGUUGAAGAAGUUGCGAUUCAUUGCAUUGGACAGCAACCAGCUCUCUGGCUUCGUCUCUCCCAAGCUUGCAGACAUGCCUAGUCUUUCUGCUCUUUAUCUCAAUGGAAACAAUCUCACAGGUGAGCUUAGAUUUCCUCAGCAAUUCUAUAGAAGGAUGGGAAGGAGAUUCGCCUCUCGGAAUAAUCCAAAUCUCUGUUAUGGCUUCAAAGAUGGAAAUACAACAGGGGAAGGGCCUGAUGGAGUGAGUAAAUGUAAACAUGAAGAAAACAGAACUGUAGGUAAUCUUGAUGCAGGAAACAAAGCUGGUAGAGUGCAAACAACUCAGGGCUCAGAUUUCAUGGCUUCCAAUGGGUUCCCAGUUUGCUCCAUCACUAGAUUUAUGUGGUUAAGUUUCAUGGAGAUUGUAUUGAUCAUCUUUCUCAUGCUCUCAAUGUAAUAGAGGGAAAACAAAAAUUUCUUUAUCAUAUAGUGUGUGUUUUUGCCUUUUGAUCUUGUACAAAUGAUGCUGAUCUGGCCAACGAUAUCUGAU